CAUAACUUUGCUCAAGAGCUAGCAUAGUCAAACUAAGCUCCACAAUAGCAUUCAAAAAUGGCGGCAAAAUCCAUUCUCAUUCCAACUCUCUUCCUCUCCUUCCUUUUUUCCUCCACCAUUUUUCCUUCUCAAAGCUUCAAACUAAUUAGUGAAGCCAAACCAUGCAAGGAACUCGUGUUCUACUUCCAUGACAUCCUCUACCUAGGUUACAACCGUGCAAAUGCCACGUCAGUCAUUAUAGGAUCUCCCGAGUGGGGAAACAAGAGAGCAAUGGCUAAACCCUUCAAUUUUGGUGAUCUGGUCGUCUUUGACGAUCCGAUCACCAUGGAUAAUAAUUUGCAUUCCACCCCGGUAGGAAGGGCCCAAGGAAUGUACUCGUAUGAUCAACAAAACAUCUAUGGCGCUUGGCUUUCCUUCUCAUUUGUAUUUAACUCCACACAACACAAGGGUUCCAUCAAUUUCGCCGGGGCAGAUCCAUUGAUGAACAAGACUAGGGAUAUCUCUGUGGUUGGCGGGACGGGUGAUUUCUUCAUGGCUAGAGGCAUUGCUACAUUGUCCACCGAUGCCUAUGAGGGAGAUGUUUACUUUAGGCUCAAAGCAGAUAUCAAGUUGUAUGAAUGCUGGAAGUGACAGUAAAAAAUGAUACUAAUGAAUGAUGAGGUUUGGAAAUUAUAUAUGCACGGGAAUAUGUAAUGUUUGCAUUUUAAUUGAGUAUUUGUACUUCUAUCCUAGUGAGUAAUAAGAAAAUACUACUAUUAAGUUUCACUAUAUUUGUAUUUUGUGUUUGAAAUGUUGGAGAAAUUAAG